UUUUCGCUUUCUCAAAAAUCAAUAAUUUAUUGUUUGAUCGAUUGAGUUCCGAACACGAUGCUUCAAUAUUUUGUUCUUGGUUAUCUCGUGUUUGAGAUCAUCCGUCUCGCCCAACUCCCCGACGUCUGUGCGGUCAAAUUCACGCCACCGCCCGCCAAGCAGGCUACACCACCAGCUGCAGUUCCUGCUCCAGAAGCCCCGAAGUCCGAAGUCAGUACCGCAAAGUCGGGAUAGAGCAAUGUUGGCCAAAUGUCGUCUAAAGAAAAAUGAUGUCUCCUGAAUUUUUUUCUACAUUUUGUUCCUCUGGGACGAUGAAAGUAAAAAAUUAUUUUUUUUU